AUGAGGGUUCCGAACAUCUCCAUCGUUUUGGCCACCGUCUGGUGCUUGGUUUCUACCGCCGCUGAGGAGCAGAAGCGUGGGCCGUCGGGAUUCACCGGCGUCCGUGGGAAGAAGUCUUUCGAGGAUGAGGACUUCGAGAUGAGGGAUAUCGAGGAUAAGAGGGCGCCGUCCGGGUUCUUGGGGAUGCGUGGAAAGAAGCCUUUUGAGGGAUGGACGUCCUUGGACUACCCUGAAGUCGGCAUCAAACGGGCUCCGUCUGGGUUCCAAGGGAUGCGCGGCAAAAAGGGUCUGGAUUACGUUGAAGUAUUAGAAAAGAGAGCUCCAUCCGGUUUCCUGGGAAUGCGCGGAAAGAAAGAAUACGACGAUAUGUUCGAGAAGAGAGCUCCGUCCGGUUUCCUUGGAAUGCGUGGCAAGAAGGACCUGGAGACUGUUCUGCUUCCUGAAGAGUCCAAGAGGGCUCCGAACGGAUUCUUCGGAAUGCGCGGCAAGAAACCCUCUCGUUCCGCCGGAUUCUUUGGAAUGAGAGGCAAGAAAUACCCGUACGAAUUCAGAGGUAAAUUCGUUGGUGUCCGCGGCAAGAAGAUGUCGAACGAGGCUGUCCCACCACCAGAAUACUACGAGGAAUUUGGUAAGCUCGGCCAGGGUCUGGACAUCAACCAGCUCAUGCUUCUGCUCACCGAAAACGACGGCUACAACCUUGCCAAAGAGACUGGACAGGAUUAUUAAAUAUUAGAUGAUAAAUGAGAAGCAACACAGUAGUCUGAAGUGAAACCCGAUUUAGUGAAAUUUAGUAAUAAAGAAAAA